AUGAAGCUUCACCUCACCGCUGUCUUCCUCUGCGUUGCCGCGUGGAUUGCUUGCCUUUCAGCCACCAGUGGGCCCACCUCAAGCUGCUGCCUCAUGGUGACAGAUACCAGAGUCCACCCAAAAAACAUAGUGGACUACAAGCUGCAGACGAGUGGACUGUGUCCUGUGCAGGCAGUGGUGUUACAGACUCGAAAAGGGAAGGUCAUCUGCUCUGAACCUGAGAAGGAGUGGGUGAAGAGGGCCAUGCAGAAGGUGGAUAAGGAGAAGGCGAGGAGGAAGAAGGCAGCAACCUGCAAGCUAACAAAGAAGAUGAAGACCCUCAUCGCUGUGUUCCUGUGCCUUGCUGCACUGCUCCUGUUCACUGGCCUUGGACAAGCAACUGGACCAGUGGCUUCAUGUUGUCUAAAAACGACCAAGACAAGGGUCAAUGUGACGCUGCUCAGCCGCUACUACAUGCAGAAGAGUGGCAUGUGUCCAGUGGAAGCAGUGGUCUUCACCACAAUGAAAGGAAUUACUAUCUGCUCCAGUCCCACAAGCCUCUGGGCAAAAAAAGCCAUGGCGCACCUGAACGCCAAGGGAAGGACAUACCCAACAACGGCCAUCACGACACCUGGCCCAACAACAGAAGACCUGCCACUGACACAGAAUUCCACAGAUAAAGCUGUAUAAUGCCAUUGUUUUGGAUCUGGCAUGAUUUCGGACUCAUCUCACAUAUCCCAGCACACUGUCUUUUAUCCUACAAUGUACACACUCUAAAAGUUUGUGUUAUGUCUAGAACUGUCGUAAUGUAUUCUCUUUAGUUGG